GCAAGAUAAACAUGUACUAGUAUUUUGGAAACGAAUUCAAUACCCGGUCAUAAGGACAUGGCGGAAGGUGGAGACCUCCCCCAAGCAGUGCUCGAAGAAGCCUCUGAGGAAAUUUACGAUUAUAACUGCUCACCAUGUGAUGAAGCUGGAGUAUAUAAGGAAGCUCAUAAAUACUGUGAUAGUUGUAAGUUGUAUUAUUGUAAGAAAUGCCUAGGAGAACACAACAAGUUUCCAGCUUUAAGAGGUCACUUGAUAAAAGAUGUCACAUAUCAAACCAACCCCUCUGGUUCAACUGGGACAGCAGGGAUAUCCGUGCCAGCAGUGCGUACUGAGCCUUGUGAAAAUCAUCCGGAAGAAAUGAUCAAGAUGUUCUGUGGUGAACAUGACCUUGUAUGCUGCAGUGUGUGUAUAGCACUCGAUCACAGAGAGUGCAAAGACGUCCACUACAUUCAAAAUUUGGCUAAAGAUAUCCGAAAAAGUCCAGAAUACACCGAGUACGCGGAAGAGGUGACAAGAAUGAAAACCGUGUAUGAAGACACUAAGCAGUCCAUCCAAGAUGAAAUAGAGAAAAUGAGUGACAUAAAAACUGAAAUUAUAAGUGAGAUAAAAGAGUACAAGCGAGACUUAGUUUCAAGAAUAGAAGAACUCGAGAGUAGGUCGGUUGAGACAGUGAAUGAAAGGUAUAAACAAAUACUAGGAAGAUUGAAUGCAACUGCAAGAAAUGUUAAUGAUCUAUUAGAUGAGGUAACAGAUCUUGUGCGAGAAAUAGAUAAUGUGGGUGAAACGCAACUGUUUGUUCGAAUGAAGACAAUGAGUCCAAUGAGAGACAAAAAAAGUAACAUUGACAAAGAUCUUCAAACGUUAGAAGAACUUAGUUUUUCGUUGGACAACAGUAUUAGAAAUACCAUCGAACAUGUCGACGGACUUGCUACCGCAAACGUACCUGUCAAAACUCUUUCGAAGAAAGAGUAUGAUAUUUUAUUCGAUGAUGACGAAUACAACAAGUACGAUGUGCGUGAUAUGUGUAUCUUGGAGUAUGACACAUUGGUUAUGACAUGUAACGACAGACUGAAACGUUUUAGUAGGUCAUUUGAUAAACUGGCUAACAUAUCGGCCCCAGGGCAACUAUGUGGUAUAUGCAAAACUUCAAGGUCAAACGAAUUAGCUGUUUCAAUACGAGACAAGGAAACAAUACAGUUUGCUCAGUACACUGCAAAAUCAAUAUCACUGACACAAUCAUUCACAGUUGGCGUUCCAUGCAAAGGUAUUUGCAGUAAAGAUGACUACCUUUUUGUCACGUGUGGAGGAGGGUAUGAGGACAUUGUCCUAGGUCAUGUUAGGCAAUAUGAUAUGCAAGGUUAUCUUAUCCGUACAAUUGACACUGACCAUCACGAUCGACCAAUUUUCACAUCUCCUCGUUUCAUGUCUUGCGAUUUUUGGACAAAUACCAUAUACAUAGCAGACAGAGACAACGGAAUAAUUGUACUUGACAUAAAUGGAAAGGUAUUUGUCCAUCCGUAUAAUUCUUUUCUGAAAAAUGUAUUUGGUAUAUGUCUUACUACUAGGAAAGACAUUAUUUUGUCUGGGAGUGAUUCCUAUAAUAUACAGCAAUAUGAUGAGAAUUUCAGGCAUGUAGGAACAAUCUUGAAUUUUACAGAUGAAAUGCGUAAACCUUUAUGCACACUUUUAGACGUUUCAACAAAACAGCUUAUUGUAAGCUUGGUAAAUGAUGAUAAAGUCUAUGUUUAUGAUGUUGAAUGCUAAAGAAGACAUUCUUGAUUGAAGAUAUAUAAUUUACAGAGGAAAUUAUGUCAAAUAUAUAAUGGUUCUAUGGUAAAUGCUCGACUAAAUGGACCCGUUUAUCAUUUUCUUCAAGUAUACAAAAUGAAUGCUGAACCAGAGAAGUGUUUGUUUAUCAAUAUCUAAGUAAAACAGUGCACAGAAUCCCCUUUUUCUACGCGAAAACAUAUACAUUGUCUGUUAGCAGUUAUCAUACAAAACUUAGUUUUCAUUUAGAUAAACAGAUUUUCCCUCAAAAUGUUAACAACCUUAUUCAUCCGGAGCUUUCCAUCCCGCCUUCAAGUUCGCUGACCGUAAGGGGCGUUGUUUUCACAAUGCUUUAUAACUUUGUAUACUAUAUCUUUUCGGGUUUCAACGAAACAUUGCAUAGUGAUUUAGCAUAGGUUAUGACAGUACACUUGACAUGCCAGAGAGUCAGCGAAACCCUUCGUGUGUAAGGGGUUUGUAUUUUGAUUGAUUAUAUUUUAGAGUGA